AUGGUUCCUGUAGCUUCUGCAUAUGGAAUCUUUGAAGGCUUUGGAGUUGCCAAAAGAGGAAAAACCCUUGAUGGAAUGAUGGACAUUCACCUGAAGAGCUCCUCAGCUCCAACCCCCAAUCCAACCUCCAGAAAUAUGAGUCCAGCAGGACAUAUGGAGAAUGCUAGCACCAAUGGUGGCAUUGCAGGCCAUCAGUUCAGAGAAACAACUCCCCAAAUCAAAAGAAAUUUCAAUAUAGCAGACAAAAUGAUUACAUAUAUCACUGGAACAACAAUUCAGUCAAUCCUCAUGCUACAAGGCAAGAAAAAUGUGAAUACUUGGUUAAACAUUGUCAGGUUGCAGCUAAACCACUAUAGCUGGGGGAUUCUAUAUGAUGCAGUGGUGCCAGAGCCUACAGAGAAACAGCUGGGAUCCCAAAUAUGA